AUGUUUGUAGCUUUAGAUGUCUCCAAGGUCGCCAUCAACAUCGUGCGCAAAAUGGGAAAAGAGCAAAAGAAAAUGUUUCAUUUCUAUGGUAGAUAUUCAUUUGUUCAUAAACUAGUGUUAAAGCAGCCUCCACUCCUUUUUCGCAGAACCAAAUACUCAGUUGAACUCCUCAACUCCUUUGUUGGAACCGAAGAAUAUACCGGGAGAGAAAAAAAUCGGGGAGACUUUGCGGCUUCGCCCUUAACGGUGAAGUACAACCAUGUGUCCGGUGAGUCGACGAUCGGUGAUAACGAGCUCCUUGAUCGGACCGAACUACACGCAGACGUGAGGGGAUGGUUUUUUGCGGAGCGGACAAUUUGGGAGAUGGGCGGACUGCGGAGGAGCAGCGGCGGAGGAGUAGCGGUGGCGGAUGAUUUGGAGCGGCAGCGGAUGAUUUGGGGCGGCGGCAGAUGA